UUUCCCGCUUCUUCCCGUCGUUCUUGACAAUGGCGCUAGUGUUCCGUUGAUUCAUUGGAAUCUCUCUUCCGGUUUUGUCAGUGGUACGGGCAGGGUUGUUUUCGGGGAAAAACACAAUGAAGUUCAACAAAAUGGUAACAUCCUCGAGGAGGAAAAAUCGAAAAAGGCAUUUUACAGCGCCUUCACAUAUUAGAAGAAGGCUAAUGUCUUCACCUUUGUCAAAAGAAUUGAGACAAAAAUAUAAUGUACGCUCAAUGCCAAUUCGUAAGGAUGAUGAAGUACAGGUUGUUCGUGGUCAUUAUAAAGGCCAACAAGUUGGAAAAGUAAUUCAAGUCUAUAGAAAGAAAUUUGUUGUUUAUAUUGAAAGAAUUCAAAGGGAAAAAACUAAUGGAGCAACUGCUUACGUUGGUAUUGAUCCUUCAAAGACUGUCAUUGUUAAACUGAAGAUGGAUAAAGAUCGCAAAAAGAUCAUUGACAGAAGAAGUAAGGGUCGUCUUGCUGCAUUGGGAAAAGACAAAGGAAAAUACACAGAAGAUACGGCUGCCGCCAUGGAAACGUCUUAAACUAAAGAUGGAUGAAGGUCGCAAAAAGAUCAUUGCCAAGAAAAGUAAGGAGCAUCUCUCUGUAUUAAGAAAAUACACCGAGGAUAUGGCUGCGGCUAUGGAAAUGUCGUAGGUUUAAAAAUUCUAUUUGUACCACAAUAAAUAAAGUGCUUGGGUUUCAAACACUUGAAA